GGAACCCAGAUCAUCAGUCAAGUGCCAAAUUAAGAGACGGUGCGUUUGUUGCGGAACUGCAAGUCUCCAGCAAAUUGAUGCAGAAGCCAUGCUUCUCGAGCAUUUCCACUUGGCCACUCUAUUCCUUCUCCUCGUGACCACCGCCGGCGGCGUCGGCGGGCAGAAGUUCACCUACAAUGGCUUUGCAGGCAGCAACCUCGACCUCGACGGCGUGGCCGGGGUCACGCCCAACGGUCUCCUCAUGCUCACCAACGGACCCAUCCAGAUGAAAGGCCACGCCUUCCACCCGUCGCCGUUGCCGUUCCGCGCGGCGCGGUCCUUCUCCACGACCUUCGUCUUCAGCAUCUUCGGGCAGUACAUCGACCUGAGCGCCCCCGGCCUGGCCUUCGUCGUCACCACGUCCAAGGAGAUGCACGCCACCGCGUUGCCGGGCCAGUUCCUUGGCCUCCUCAACACCACCAACAACACCAACCCCAACGCCCACUUCUUCGCCGUGGAGCUCGACACCCUCCUCAACGUUGAUUUCCGCGACAUCAACAGCAACCACGUCGGCAUCAACGUCGACAGCCUCGUGUCGCGAGCUGCCGCUGACGCCGGUUACUACGACGACGCCACGGGGCGGUUCCAGAACCUAAGCCUCAUCAGCCGCAAGGCAAUGCAGGUGUGGGUGGACUACGAUGGAGCCGCCACGGAGAUCACCGUCACCAUGGCUCCCCUGGGCCUCGCCAGGCCCAGCAAGCCCCUGCUACGAACCACCGUGGACCUCUCGACCGUGCUACAGCACCAGGAUACGGCGUACGUCGGCUUCUCGUCGGCCACGGCGGUGCUCUUCGCACGACACUUCAUCGUCGGCUGGAGCUUCGCGCUGGACGGUCCAGCGCCUACGCUAGACAUCUCGUCGUUGCCCGCCCUGCCGCCUACCGGGCCCAAGCCACGGUCCAGGGUGCUGGAGAUCGUGCUGCCCAUAGCAUCAGCGACGGUGGUUCUUGCCGUCGGCAUCGCUGUUUACAUCUUCGUACGACGGCGCCUCAGGUACGCGGAGGUCCGGGAGGACUGGGAGUCCGCGUUCGGGCCGCAGCCCUUCUCCUACAAGGACCUGUACCAGGCGACCAAGGGGUUCAGCGACACCAACCUACUCGGGGCAGGAGGCUUUGGAAGCGUCUACAAGGGCGUGCUCCGCAAGCCGGACAUGGACACCGAGGUGGCCGUGAAGAGGGUGUCGCACCAGUCAAGGCAGGGGAUGAAGGAGUUCAUAGCCGAGGUCGCGAGCAUGCGCCGGCUCCACCACCGAAACCUGGUGCAGCUGCUCGGCUAUUGCCGGCGAAAGGGAGAGCUUCUCUUGGUCUACGAUCACAUGCCGAACGGUAGCCUCGACAAAUACCUACACGAUCCCAUGCCUGGCAAGGGCAUGCUGGAGUGGGCUCAGAGGUUCCACAUCAUCAGGGGAGUGGCUUCGGGGUUAUCGUACCUCCACGAGGAUUGGGAGCAAAUCGUCAUCCAUCGAGACGUCAAGGCAAGCAACGUGCUCUUGGAUGGCGAGAUGAACGGGAGGCUAGGGGAUUUCGGCCUUGCAAGGUUGCACGACCAUGGGUCCGAUGCGCAGACCACACACGUGGUCGGCACCAUGGGCUACCUAGCCCCUGAACUAGGCCACACAGGCAGGGCAACCCCAUCUACCGAUGUCUUUGCCUUUGGUGCGUUCCUCCUGGAGGUCACCUGUGGGCGGAGGCCCAUCGAGCAAGAUGAGAGAAACAACCGCGUCAUGCUCGUGGACUGGGUUGCCGAACAAUGGCGUAAGGGUUCGAUCACUAAGGCCGCAGACGUUAGGAUGCCAAACAGCUUUUGCCUUGACCAGGUCUCUCUAGUGCUGAAACUCGGAAUUUUGUGCUGCCAUCCGUUGCACAAUGCAAGGCCAACCAUGCGACAAGUCGUGCAAUACCUCGACGGCGAUUUGCCCCUCCCUGAGUUUUCGCCGGUGUAUCUCGGCUCAACCAUGCUGGAGCUGAUGUACAGCGCAGAGUUUUUUAACAAGAAUCUAAUGACAUAUGUGUCAUCGGGUGUCAUUUCUGAUCUCUCCACAGGAAGGUAACACAGGUGCAUGUCGUGCCAAAGUAAUUGAGUUGGACUUCUAAUACUUGUAUACUCUUGAAAGAUGUAACUAGCACUUUGUAGUGGUUUGUUUUAUGCUUUA